AUGAGGCGUUGGCUGGAUCAGCCAGCGACAGAGAACAGCAAAACCACAAACGGUGACAUUUCGGCAGCAGAACUUCAAAGGGAGCUCGUCAACAAACGCCCAACCGUUCAACAGGAACAAACAUACCGGAAACGCUGGAGAACACAGCACGGUGAGACGGCCGUAGAUCCAGGACCCUGCGGGGAGAGGGGGCACGGCCCGGCGCGGGCAGCCGGGAGGCGUCAGGGGCACGGCACGGCACGGCACCGCUCUCUCCGGGCCCAGCAGCGCGCACUCACCCAGACGCGGCGUAAGGCGCUCAGCCCUGCCCGGCCCGCCUGUUGCCCCGGCCGGGCCGCUGCUGCCGCGCUCCGGCGCUGCGUCCGGCGAGUGGGGGAAGCGUUCAGCGGCGCGACGCGCCCUCAGACACCUUCAGGUGAGGCGCCGCCACCGGGCGGGCUGACCCCAUCCGGCUGCCGUAAAGACUGCCGGCCGCGGAUCUCGCGUCACGUGACGGAAGUAGGGCGGAAGCGGCUCCCCCCGGCGCCUCACGUGCGGCCCCGCCGCAGGGCGCCCAUUUUUAGUGAGGGAAGGCGGGCGCUGCGCAUGCGCGCUGGUGGUGCCCAGCUGGUGUUUACAGGGAACCGCGUACUUCAGAACUUCCAGCCCGUGUUUAAGCUUCGCAAAGGCCGUAUUAAGGCUGCGACCUUACGUAAUUAGCACCGUGCAAAACUCGGCAGCGCGAUGUAAGAUGCACCCGAACCGCACGCAGCACAACGCUCGUUUCCCGACACGCUUCCAUGCAGCACCGCGACCCCCCGCCCCGCCGCCCUCCGGCAGCCCAGGAGCAGCGAAGUGAAAAGUGCUUUACGUUUUAGAGGUCAAAACGAGCGGCAGAGGCAGAAGUGCUGAAGUGAAUAUUGAUCCGAGGUCAGCGCAGCUUGCUAAUUCAGUCCUUACAAAUGCCAAAAGCACCGCUUCACAGAGGCAAACGAGCUGAAAUACGAUCCGUUAGAAGGUAAAAAUAAAAACGACACAGCUUAUAAAAUUAUAGAUUGUUUCUCUGCAGGUACACGAUGCUCCAUUCGGCCUCCUUGGAAGGAGCUGCUUUCCUGAGCACCCCUCAGCAGGCGCAAUCCCCAGCUGCCUGCUGGUGGGAGUCCUCCUCUCUUCCACCACUUCUCCAGUCUCUGUAACACUUACACACUACCGAGAUGGAUUUUGCCUUUCAAACUAUGAAGCACGCUAGAAAUUUCUUCACCAGUGAUUCCACGUGUACAGCAGGGCUCAGGUCCUGGGGUGUGGGCUGGAGCCUGGACGCAGGCCUGCAUUCCAGGGAGCAAGCAGGGCUUCCUCAGCUUCCUCACCACACUUUCAGCUGACACUAUCGAUAUAUAUAUACUUAAUGUCAUGUAUAGGUAGUGGAAAAGAUCAUUAGUAGGGAGAGGAACGAAAAACAAAUAACCCCACAAAUGAAAUA